AUGCCCAUGCAAAUUAAACUUAGCUUGGCCAGAGACCUUGAUCUCAAAGCUCCCUUGGACAGUGUUCUCCGAAGGUGGGGGCCGCUGCUGCUGCCAGUGAGUGAUCCUAUCAUCUCAGCGUCCACCUGCGAGCUGCCGUCUGUAAGCUGUGAUGUGAUCCAGUGUUCUCCGAAGGUGGGGGCUGCUGCUGCCACCGCGAGCAGCAAGAAUUCCAAGAAUUCAUCAGAGGUCGCGACGCUGCAGAAAGGUCAAAUCCUUAACAAAUGUCAAAUAAGUGAUCACCCUAAUUUUUUAUGUGAUUUGUUUCAGAUAGAAGGCCGAUAUUUUCUUGAUUCCUAUCUCCAAGAUGAACUUAUCGGACCAAUCAGGGGUUUACUUGACACAGGAUCACAAGCCACUAUAUUGUCAUAUAGUCAUUUCCAACAGGUAUUGGGGGUGACAGCAAAGAAGCCGAAACUGAAAUCGUUUGAUGGCUCUUUGAUAAGUGUCGGCGGAGAAGCUUUGCAGGUAAAAGGUACAUCAUGGUUAAAAUUCAAAAUUGGUAAGAAGAUAAUUAGACAUCCCACUCUGAUCGUGGACCUUCCCUAUGAUCGGCUGAUCAUAGGAAUUGACCUCCUGAGAAGAUUGAGUUCCAUAGUAGAUUUCAUCAAUGAAGCCGUCUGGACUCAGGUGAAGGCACCCAUUGCCUAUGAGUACUCUUGCAAUGCACAAUCCCAACGUAAUUGUCAUGUGAUUGAGGAAAGGUUUAACUCUGUUGAAGUUCAUUUUAGGAACAAUCAAACACCGGAUGUCACAAUCCUGAAAAAUGGUAAACCCGAGGAAGCCGUCAGCAGUGCCGCACAUACCAUAACCAUCCAGAAGGACAGAAUUGAAAAGGUAACCCUGGAUGGGGAUGCAUUAACUAUUUCUCUUAAAGGGAGAAGUUCCGAAGUCGCGGACCUGACCAGGCAUACUCAAUCCAUGGUACGGAUUGAGAAGAUUAAUGAUAACUUAUUGAUUCCCGUACAGGUGAACAAUAUGGCCCGGGUGAAAUACGCCAAGAUGGAUCUGAAAUCCGAAGCCAGUUACAUAAGCCUAAGUCUGUUGAAACAGAUCGCUAAUCCUAAAAUGAUUAAAGUUUCCUCUCCACAGGACCAAUGGGUUCAUGAUCUGGAUGGAGAUUCCCAGAGUCAUAAUGUGAUUGCAAGAUGUCUUUUGUCUAUUUCCAUAGGAGAUAAAACCACAGAACAUUUAUUCAUUGUGUUGAAUGAACCACGGUACCAGCUGUACAUAGGUAAUGACCUUCUACACCGAUUUGCCGUGCAGAUUGAUCUGGUCAACAAUACUCUAUGGUCCAGAUUACCUGGGAACCCGGAGGGAUUCCAGGAUGAGGAGCAAACCUUGAGAUGGGGACAACAGAUGCCCUAUGCCGUGAGUAUCAUGGUUGCAGACGAGGUUAAAAUCCCUGAAGGAUGUAAACCAUUUCUUCUUCCCAUUCAAAUAAAGAAGGGGCAAAAACUGAAGAAUGCAGAUGCUUUGAUCUGUUUGUCCAACCGGAUGCAGCAACUCGGCCUGAAGGUAGAGCCAACUCCGAUGAUAAACAUCCAUCAGGAUCCAUUGCAUAUGGUAAUUCAUAACAUGGCUCCCCAUAGUAUAUCUCUGCAGAAAGACACUAUCAUUGGUCUGGCUAUGGAUUCGGAGUAUUACACUUUUGGUUUCCAAAAUGAUGUUAUUGGACUGAUUCCUGAUGAAUACCUGACAGAAGAACAGGUAGUGGAGCAACAUUUUUCCUCAACACCUGAGGGGUUAUUUAAUAUCCACUCUGUUUAUCCUUUCAGCUCUGAAGAAGGUACAUGCCACAUUGAAGAAUCAUCAUUGAUUUUCAAUCAUGAGAUCGAUGAGAAGGAGUACGAGUCAUGCCAACCAGGAGAGGAUAAGGUACGCAAUACUCACAACGAUUUAACUAGUGAGCUUGAAGAAGCUUACGAGUUAAGUCAACCUGAAAUCUUUCCAGAAUUUCAGGAACGGGUGGAAGAGCAAAUCUCUGUGGCUGAUGCAUGUUCUGAGGAGUCGGAGCGUCAACAGCUAAAGGGGCUCUUCGCCGAAUUCCAGGACAUGUUUGCUAAGGAUUCUUACGACUGUGGGGAAACUAACCUACACGUUGCAAGAAUCCAAACGGAUCCCAAUGCACCCCCUGUAUAUGUUAAACAGUACCGACUUCCGCUGGCGGCAUAUGAGUCGCUAUCGGAAAUUGUCAAAAACUUGGAGAAGCGGGGGAUCAUCCGUCCAGUGCACAGCUCCUUCAACCAUCCUGUGCUUGGGAUUCUCAAACCCAAUGGUCAAUUCCGGCUCUGUUCGGACCUAAGGCAGUUAAACAAACGUGUAUACAUGUCCGGAUGGCCCGUACCAUAUAUUGACCAGAGUUUAGCGCAAAUACAGGGAUCCAAAAUUUUCACUGCUCUGGAUUGUGCGCAAGGAUAUUGGACAAUUAAAGUGGAUGAGAGGGAUCAAUACAAACUGGCCUUUACAUUUGGAAAGCAACAAUAUGCAUGGACCCGAUUACCUUUCGGGUACAUAAAUGCGGGUCAUGAGUUUGCUGUGUUCAUGCAUAAGGCAAUGCCUGAUGCCACUGAACGGGGUACCUUAUCCUAUGUGGAUGACAUCCUAAUCAAAAGUACAACUUUUGAGGAGCAUAUUGCGGAACUGAGGCAUGUACUAACCCAACUAAGAAACGCUGGUGUAAAACUUUCUUUACAGAAGGCUCAAUGGUGUCGUACCAAAGUCAAUUUUUUAGGUCACGAAAUCACUGCCGAUGGAAUUAACCCACAGAAGAAGAAAGUGGAAGCAGUGAUCAACACAAAGUCACCUACAAAUACCAAGGAGUUGAGAUCCUUCCUGGGCAUGAUGAACUAUUCACGUAAGUUCAUAGAUAACUAUGCCGAGAUUACAAAACCUCUUUUGCAGUUGCUGAAGAAAGGAGUAGAAUGGGAAUGGAGUGAACGUCACGAGCAAGCUGUGAAUGAGCUCAAAACCAGACUUAUCCAGGCCCCAUGCCUUGCCUAUCCAGAAGGUGGAAAACCCUUUUACAUUGAAACAGGCUUCACCAACAAAAGCGUGAGUGCAGUCCUUUUCCAAAAACAGGACAACCUAAACAAGAUCAUUGCCUAUGCCAGCAAGUCCUUAUCACCGGUUGAGGUAAAGUUCAAUGACUGUGAAAAAGCAUUACUGUCAACUGUGUGGGCUUUGCAAUAUUUCAGGAGUUUUAUCCAGGGCGAAAAGAUCAUUGUGGAAACCGCACACCAACCCCUGCAAUAUUUGCAGAGUGAUAGAAUCAAGGAUGGGAAUUUAUCAAACAGCAGGAUAACCGCCUGGACGAUGUCCUUAAUGGGAUGGCCAUUGGAAAUCAGGUACAAACAAAAUAAUAAGAAUCCAGUUGCUCAAGGAUUAGCCGAACUGCAUGAUUGUUCCAAUUCAGGACAUGAAGGUGAAUUACCACAAAAUGAUUUCCUGGAAGAGCAAUCUUCAUCUCCAUACAAGUCUUAUGAAGAAGAAUACUGCAAAUCCUUACCAUGUGUAUAUGUUGAUGGCUGUUCUUUCCAUACCGAUAUAGGAACUGAACGCACAUUGGUUGCAGGUAUCGGAAUCGUAUGGAAUAACACAUUCCCAGACAUGUCCGUCGGAUACAAAAUUGGUCCCAAAAGUAGCCAGUUCGCGGAGCUCACCGCUGUGUAUAAAGCUAUACAAAUGGCUAUUGAUUCUGGUCUUAAAGAGUUUGUUAUAAUCACAGAUUCUAAUUAUGUUCACAGUAGCUUCGUGGAGUACUUCCCUGGAUGGAAAAGGUCUAAAAUGGCAAGAAGUAACAAUAAGCCUGUCAAGCAUGGUAAAAUGUUCUGUAAGAUCGACGCGAUGGUUACCACCCAUGAUCUCACCAUUUACUGGAAAAAGGUAAGAGGUCACUCAAAAUCUCCAGGUAUAGAUAAGGAGGGGAAUGAUUUGGCAGAUUCCCUCGCUAAACAAGCAGCCAUUAAUGGAGAAGUUUUGGACGUGGAUGACCUCAUGGGAACUAUCCAAGUGGAUGCAAUGACAAGAAGACAGGCCCAAAAGGAAACCGAAGCCAAUGUGGCCCAAUGGAGCCAAGGUUCCCCAAGUGAGGACCUUAUCGCGAGUCAAAAGGGGGAUCCAGUUAUCGGUAUGUUUUACAACCACAUUGAAGAUCCACAGAAUUGUCCCGUCACUAUGGAAGACUGUGCAGGCAAAGAAGAGUUACGAAUUUUGAUGAAGGGUAAGUCCCAAUUCUCGUUACAGGAUGGAUUGUUGGUAAGAACCUCAAAGAAUGGUAUCUCACAAUGGGUAGUACCCACAGCAUACCGAGGUUUGAUGUUACAACACGCCCAUGACGCCCCAACGGCUGGUCAUCGAGGUGAGAAGUUAACGUAUGAAUUAUUACGGGAUUAUGCUUAUUGGCCUCAUAUGUUGCAAGACGUUCGCACAUAUUGUCAAGGAUGUUUAAUAUGCCCUCAAUUCCAGCCGCAAGCACCCACUCAUCGGGCACCGCUGAUGAAAAGAGGGAUGUCCAUGCCAUGGUCAGAUAUCCAGAUUGACUUUAUUGGACCAGUAACAACUUCAUCAAAAGGCAACAGAUAUAUGUUAACCGUGACUUGUCUAUUCACAAAAUGGGUAGAAUGUUUGCCUUGCAAGACUUGCAGUUCAAGUGUGUGUGCGUCUCUACUCAUUAACCACGUGUUUUCCAGGUUCGGUCUUCCCCAACGCAUCGAGUCCGAUCGCGGAAGUCAUUUCACUAGUGAGGUGAUGACAAAAACGUGGGAGAUACUAGGAGUAAAAAGGAAGCUACAUAUAGCUUACCGGCCAGCCUCUAGUGGUGGAGUGGAACGCUACAACCAAACAAUUGUCAACAUUCUAAAGAAAUUUGUUAAUGAAUCCGGAAGGAAGAUGGUGUUACCCCAGCAUUUACUCUACCGGACAACAGACCAAAAUUUGAUAAAUGCUUCAACAGCCCAUCAGUACAUAGAGAAUCUACGUAAGCACCUUCAGCAUGCUUUUGCAUUUGCCCAGAAGAAUCUGGAGAAAGCAGCCGUGAGCGCCAAAACCUACUAUGAUCUGAAGACUACUCAAAAGGAGUACCAAAUUUCCGAUCAGGUUUAUCUCUAUAACUUCGCCCGGGAUCAGGUGAAGGAAAGGAAGUUCCUGCCUUCCUGGAAGGGACCCUAUGUCGUCACUGACAAAUUGUCACCUGUGGUCUACAAGAUCAAAAUUCCAAAGGGGGAUGAAUUUAUAGAGAAAUGGGUGCACAUUAAUCAAUUACGUGUUUGUCAUCCUAGGUCACAACUUCGCCAAAUGGAAGGAUUGCCGGAUGAUGAAGAGUAAAGAGAUAACAAGGU